UGGUCUUAGGAGCAAGAAGUUAAAUUAAAAAUGGGGGAAGAAGUAGAAGUGAAAAUGAAAGUGAAGUUAUUUGGUGUUUGGUCAAGCCCUUAUAGCCGUAGGAUAAAAUUAGCCCUAAAAUUAAAAAUUAUACCCUUUGAAUAUGUGGAAGAAGAACUUUCUAACAAGAGUUGUUUACUUGUUAAGUACAACCCUGUCCACAAAAUGAUACCUGUUUUGGUCCACAAUGAAAAGCCAAUUCUUGAAUCCUUAAUUAUUCUUGAGUAUAUUGAUGCAAUUUGGAAAGAUCAUCCUCUUUUACCACAAGAUCCCUAUGAAAGAGCCCAAGCUAGAUUUUGGGCUAAAUUCAUUGAUAAUGAGCUCUUGCCAAGUGUAUGGAGGACUUUCCUUAGCAAAGAAGAAGAGAAAGACAAGACAAAGAAGGAAGCUAGUAUGCUUCUAAAAACUCUCGAAAGUCAAUUGAAGGAUAAAUGUUUUUUUGGAGGAGAUAAACUUGGAUACUUGGACAUAGUUGCUAAUGUUGUGGCAUUUUGGAUUGAAAGGGUGCAAGAAGUUGUUGGCAUUGAACUUAUUAGUCAAGAAAAUUUCCCCAUUUUAUGUAGUUGGAUUGAAAGAUUUUAUGAUGUUUCUAUUGCCAAGGAAUGUUUACCUCCAAAACAUAAACAUCUCGUGUACAUUAAAGCUCGUUAUGAAGUAGCACAUGGAACAAACAAGGACAACAAUUGAUCAAACUAAGUGAUCUAUUAGCGUUACUUCAGGUUUGUGAUCCCUCUUAUGCAUCUACCUUAGCUUUCGUGUAUUUCCCGCCUCCUUUUAAGAUCAAGACUUACAUAUGAGGAAGAAUAAAAUGAAUCAUACGUAUAUAAGAAGUGCUUUGAUCCUUGUGAUUUUAUACGAAUCUCUAAAUUUUAUGUUAUAAAAUUGUUUUCACACUUAUAUAGCGUAUAUGUGUUGGUUUUC